CAACCUUUCUUCUCGAGACGGUUCUAUACAGCGCAGCACUCGUGAUUCGAACCCAAGGUUGCUUCGAGUCAUACGUACGUGAUGUACCUGAGGCCGAAUAACGAGCUCACAAGGGUAUGAGAUUUGGCUGGAGACUCAACCUCCACCACCAUCCCCUUUCUCGCGUCGCUCUCAGAAGUUCUCAGUCACGAAUACUGGUAGCAAAGAUGGCGACCCUGACUCACCCACAAAUCCGCGAUGGCUGGUUCCACGAGGCCAACCCACAAUGGCCUGGCCAAGCAAUGAGCUUGCAGGUGCAGCGCAUUCUCCACACAGAACAGUCCAAGUUUCAAGAUGUACUCGUCUUUCAGUCCACCACUUACGGAAACGUCCUCGUCCUUGAUGGUGUCAUUCAAUGCACCGAGCGUGACGAAUUCUCCUACCAGGAGAUGAUCGCCCACCUUCCUCUUGCAUCUCACCCUGAUCCGAAGCGCGUUCUGGUCAUUGGUGGUGGAGACGGAGGGGUGUUGCGCGAGGUCGUCAAGCAUCCUAGUGUUCAAGAGGCGGUCCUGUGCGACAUCGAUGAGGCAGUGCCCCGCGUGUCAAAGACCUACCUGCCCCACAUGGCUGCCAGCUUGACCCACCCCAAGGUCAAGGUUCACAUCGGAGACGGCUUCGCUUUCCUGCAAGAGAAGGAGAACCUCGCAUCCUUCGACGUGAUUAUCACCGACUCUUCUGAUCCAGUCGGACCCGCGGCUUCGCUUUUCCAGCCCCCAUUCUUCAAGCUGCUCAAGGGAGCUCUCAAGCCUGGAGGUCACAUCUCGACCCAAGCUGAAUGCCUUUGGCUGCACUUGCCUCUCAUCCGCGAGCUGCGCACCAGUACCAAGGAGCUCUUCCCCGUCGCAGAGUACGCAUACACCACCAUUCCGACCUAUCCUGCCGGCCAGAUCGGCUUUGUGGUCUGCUCUCUCGAGGCUGGACGCGAUGUCAGGACGCCUUUGAGGAAGGUAGAGGGCUGCAACUACUAUAACGAGAAGGUCCACAGCGCUGCUUUUGUUACGCCAGAGUUCGCCAGACGCGUCAUUGAGGACGGCGCACAGGCACCGCCUCCCGUCGCUGCCACUGGUGACGGCCAGGGCGUCGCGAAGCGUGCAGCCAAGAAGAUCCUGUUGCUGGGUUCGGGCUACGUUGCUCGGCCAUUCGCGGAAUACGUUCUGCGAUACCCAGAGUACUCGCUCACGGUUGCCUCGUCUCGUCUUGAGAACGCGCAGCGCCUCGCAGAGGGUCUGGCAAGGACCAAUGCGGUAUCGGUCGAUGUCAACAACGAGGCUGCCCUGGGCGAAGCGAUUGCGCAACACGAUGUUGUCAUUUCUCUGAUCCCUUACACGUACCACGCAGCAGUCAUCAAGGCGGCUUGCCAGCACAAAACAGACGUCGUCACUACCAGCUACGUCUCAGAUGCCAUCAAGGAGCUCGCUCCUGAGAUCGAGAAGGCCGGCAUUACUGUCAUGAACGAGAUUGGUCUCGACCCAGGAAUCGACCAUCUGUACGCGGUGAAGGCCAUCGAUGACGUGCACAAGGAGGGCGGAAAGGUUACAUCUUUCCUCUCUUACUGUGGAGGCCUUCCUGCACCCGAGGCAGCAGACAACCCUCUUGGUUACAAAUUUUCUUGGUCAUCUCGUGGAGUCUUGCUGGCGCUUCGCAACACUGCACACUGGUACGAGGGCGGAGAGGCGAAGACCGUGUCUGGUGUCGACCUCAUGGCAUCCGCUCAGCCUUACUACAUCAGCCCAGCAUUUGCUUUUGUCGCGUACCCAAACAGAGAUUCGAAGCCUUUCCGCGAGGCCUAUAACAUUCCAGAAGCAAAGACAGUGAUCCGCGGUACCCUGAGAUACCAAGGCUUCCCUGAGUUUGUGCUCGCUCUUGUCAAGCUCGGCUUCUUGGACGACUCCGACGACGCCUCUUCAUGGCUGAAGCCAGAUGCCAAGCUGUCUUGGGCUGACGUCACGCAGCGCAUGACUGGAGCAUCAGACAGCAAGCCGGAGACACUGCUCAAGGCCAUCGACCAGAAGAUCGGCUCGUGGAAGAGCGACGCGGAUAGGACUAGGGUCAUCAGUGGAUUCAGGUGGCUGGGCUUGUUCGACGCCGCUGCUUCCGCCACUGUGCGAGGUACCGCACCUCAGAACAAAGCAGGCUACGGGAACCUUUUGGACACGCUCUGCGCUACUUUGGAAGUCAAGUGUGCUUACGAAAAGGGCGAGCGCGACAUGGUCAUGCUGCAGCACCGAUUCGAAAUCGAGACUGCUUCUGGCGAAGCAAAGACGCUCACCAGCACCUUGCUCGACUAUGGACACCCUGCUGGACACACCAGCAUGGCAAGGCUGGUCGGUGUUCCGUGCGCAAUCGCCACAAGGCUCCUGCUGGAGGGCAAUCCAGGCGUGCAGAAGAAAGGCAAGAUCGUCGCUCCCUACACGGUCGACACUUGCGACCCUAUCCGUCUGGAGCUGGCCAAGGAGGGCAUCGUCAUGGAGGAAAGAUACGUCUGAGAUGACCCAGAAGGCAAGGAUGUUGAUGUAGUUGCAAUAACGAUUAAUAACAUGAUCGAUAGAGAAGC